GUCCCGCCCCCUUCACCUCAGAGCUGAGCUGGUUCGUCCACAGUCUGCGGCUACCGGAAGAAGCCUGCGAGCGGCUACCGGAAGGGAGGGAGGGAGGCAGGCGAGGAGGACGGAGCUCUCCGCGCGCGGUUUCUCGGCGGGCGUUGUGAGGCGGCAGCGGCCGAGGCCUCCGGCGAGAGAGCGGCGGUUUCGAGCUCGCGGGACGCCCUCGGCAGAGCCUUCCCCGCGCCUGGACGCCGCCGCUGGCGAGGCGGGAGCCGGGCCAUGUCGCGCAGGCGGCACAGCGACGAGAACGAUGGUGAGCGGGCGGGCGGGCGGGGAGAGUCCGGGGGUGGCCCCUCAGGGGACCCGCCGCCGGGGGAGAGAGAGACCCCCCCCCAACCCGCCUCCUUGGGGCACGUGCUUCGUACAGGAACAACGGCAGCCUUGGCGCGCGCCUUCCUGCACGCCAACUUUAAAAAAAAAAAAAACCAACACCGUGCGCAUUAAAUUUAUUUAUUUUAUUAAAUUGAACUUGCCACAGGAAGGCGCCACAGACCGAGUUCUGUCAGUACUCAAUGCCAAGCCCAGUUGUGUCUGCUCUGGCUGGCAGCACUUGGCCAGCCCAGUUGUGUCUGCUCUGGCUGGCAGCACUUGGCCAGCCCAGUUGUGUCCGCUCUGGCUGGCAGCACUUGGCCAGCCCAGUUAUGUCUGCUCUGGCUGGCAGCACUUGGCCAGCCCAGUUGUGUCUGCUCUGGCUGGCAGCACUUGGCCAGCCCAGUUGUGUCUGCUUUGGCUGGCAGCACUUGGCCAGCCCAGUUGUGUCUGCUCUGGCUGGCAGCACUUGGCCAGCCCAGUUGUGUCUGCUCUGGCUGGCAGCACUUGGCCAGGUUCUGGGGGAAAGGGCUUCUUUCCAUGCCCACAUGAGAGAGAGAGAGAGACUGUGAACUAUUUGCACCAAUGGCAUGGGACCUCCUGCAAGGAGGAGUGGGGGGUUUAAGGGGUUUGGAGAUCCGGGUUUUCCCAAACCUGGGUGUCCCACUGUUUUUGGACCACACUUCUCAUCAUCCUUGACCGCUGGUCCUGUUAGCUAGGGAUGACAGGAGUUGUAAGACACAAGUUUGGGAAACCCUGGUGUAGAUUAAUUUUAUUUAGGGGAGACUGUGACUGAGGCCCCCCCCCCAAGGUAUGAGUAUGUGUUGUUAACCCUAAAAAUACCUUAGUUGCAGCAUAGAAUCAGAGAGUUGGAAGAGACGACUAGGGUCUCCGAUCCAACCCCCUGCAAUAUUUUGCCCAACUCAGGUCUUGAAACCCAGGACCCUGAGAUUAAGAGUCUUGUGCUCUAUCAAAUGAACAAUUCCAACCAAAGAAAGAAAACCAAUGUAUAUAUUUGACGAAAAGGGAUUCGGAGGACAGGGAAGAAAUACAGUAGAUAUGUGGUUUGUUUAAUGGGUGGAAAUGCUAUUUAUGCUAUUGCUUGGGAGUGCUGUGGCUGCCCAGUACCAGCCCUGGGCCAAGACCCCUUUGUCCCAGGUCAUGUGCAUUUUCAGCUUUUGCUGAUUGUAGAAUAAAGUGACCAUUUUCAAUAUGAAUAAACUAUCUUCACAGACGAUUUCCAUGCCAUUUGUUGCUGACUCAAACAAAGUACUUUUUUAUGCAGAGAGUUUGCACAAUUUAGUGGCAGCCAAGUAAAGAGUAAUCAAGUUGUAUUAUCAAGUAUAUGAAAACUAACUGUGAUUACCAUUUGUGUUUCAUUGGUGUCCUAGCACCAUGUCACAUAUUGUGUAGUAGCGGCUCCCUCCUCUUCUGUGUCGUGGGAACAUAGAUAUCACGGAAGGUACCAUUAUUAAGUAAUAAGUAGCAGAUCAAUAAGCCUUGGCUUGUCCUCAUUCAGUGUGAGGAGGAAGGAGUAGUAUAAGGAAUGGGGUGAAGUUUUGUAUGAGUAUAGGAUUUGGUGGUGGGGUUUCCAUAGAAGGAAGAAAUGGAGUUUAAUGUUGAGCUUUGAAAAGAGAGUGUCUGAUUUUCUUGUCUUACUCUUAAUUUUGAGAGCUGAAAGCAGAAGGUAUUUGGCAAAAUAACUGAGAUGUUCAAAACACCUUUGCAAUCUGUCAGACUUGUCAGGAAUUCUUUAGUUCAUGGAUAGGCAAACUAAGGCCCAGGGGCCAGAUCCAGCCCAAUCACUUUCUAAAUCUGGCCCACGGAUGGUCUGGGAAUCAGCGUGUUUUUAUAUGAGUAGAAUAUGUGCUUUUAUUUAAAAUGCAUCUCAGGGUUAUUUGGGGCAUAGGAAUUCAUUCAUUUUUAAUUUUUUCAAAAUAUAGUCUGGCCUACCACAUGGCCCGAGGGACAGUGGACCAGCCCAUGGCUGAAAAAGGUUGCUGACCCCUGGUCUAGAACAAAUUAUUUCAGCCUGGUCUGUGGAGAAAGCCUAUCGUCAUUUCCUGCACAACACUAUUAGGGCAAACAAACUUUCACAUUAUUAUUUUUCCCUGUAAGUGCAAAGCUGCUUGCAGUGUUGGGCCCAGUUACCGUAUUUUUCGCCCUAUAUGACGCACAUUUUCCCCUCCAAAAAUGAAGGGGAAAUGUAUGUGCGUCCUAUGGGGCGAAUGCAGGCUUUCGCUGAAGCCUCCAGAGCGAGAGGGGUCGGUGCGCACUGACCCCUCUCGCUCUCCAGGCUUCAGGAAGCUAUUCGCAAGCCUUGGGAGCCCGUGGAAGUUACCGCUGGGCUCCCAAGGCUUGAGGACAGCAGCCUGCAGCCCGAAACCUGGGGAGCGCACCCCGGGUUUCGGGCAGCUCUCCGCAAGCCUUGGGAGCCCGGCGCGACUUCCCGCCGGGCUCCCUAGGCUUGCGGAUAGCAGUCUGCAUACUGAAGCCUGGGGCGUGCUGAGCAGCGCGCCCCGGGCUUCGGGCAGAUAUCCACAAGCCUGGGGAGGCUAUCCCAAGGCUUGCGGAUAGUAGCCUGUUCUGGGGGCUGGGGUCGGGGGAAGCUCGGGCUUACCAUGCCCCAGCCCCGCGCCUGGGGGGGAAAUAUAUUUUUUUUCUUUAUUCUCCCCCCCCCCAAAAAAAAACCCCUAGGUGCGCCCUAUGGGGCGAAAAAUACAGUAGUUUGCACGGAUGCAGUAGUUGUGUGGAACAGGCCUCCCUCAGGGCCAGUUCAAGCUGAACUUUACCCUAGAAGGUGCUCCAGAGACCUUUCCUAUACUCAGGGGCUCCAUGAUAGAUAGGUCAAUACGGAAGGAAAACUGGGAGGGAAACUUCUCUAAAGGCUUUCAUCCAAAUGUAGAUCUAUUCUGGUGUUGUUCAGUGUUUCUUCCUUUAGAUUCAGAAUUUGUAAGCAAAAGCUUUUCUUCCCUUAACUAAUCUUUUUGUUAAAAGAUGCUGAUAAACUUUGUGGAACAGUUUCUUGCUGUUCUUCGGCAUCGCCCAUUAAGAUCGUUGCUAUUUACAGAUCAGCCAUCACUUUAAGUGUCACUUAAACCUAGACUGCAGUCCAAACCUUGCUUGUCUGGGAGUAAGCCCCAUUGAAUUAAUUAGGACAUGGUUAGGAUUGUGUUGUAAUUUAGACCUGUACCACCUAUUAAGUCAUUUGAAUACUACUGUGCAAGUACAAUGAGGUGGUAGUCUAAAACUAUGUUGACAGCUAACGUUUUCACUUCCGAUUGGCGAUGGAAAAUGAUUGGUUCGUAUACAUGCAUUUCAGUUUUGCAUGCCUUGUUUAGCUCCUUGACCUUUGGAAAUAAAAGGUUGAUUGCUUACUCUCCUUUCCUUCAAGUCUUUAAAAUGAGCCCUGCUAUAUUCUCAAUAGGGGGUGGGGUUUUUUGGUCUCGCUUUCCUCCUGGCAGGGUCAGAGGAAGCAUGGCCUACUCACAUCAGUUUAGCUACAACUGCUAUUUUGGCUGCUCCUCUCCCAGAACUUUUCCAUGUAGGCGUUAAACAUUUUAUAUCUGCAAAGAGUUUUUGUCUGAAUUGGCUUGUUCUGUUUGAUCUUCCUCCUUUUGUAUCGUGUCUGUUAAGUUGUAAGCCUGUGGGCAGAGUGUUGGAUGCUUUUCAUCUUAGGACAGCAACUAGAAAAUUCCAGGUGCUCUAUAAAUAAUGGCUUGGAUCCUUCAUUUCUUUCUGCCAGCAGGAACAUCAUGUGGGUGGAGUUCCACUCAUAGGACACUCAGAACAAUGGGGAGGGAGGAAAGCGACUUUUCAGUGGCAUUGUGGAGGAGGCAUUAAUCACCUCCGUGGCCCAGCCAGCUGUCCCCUCUUUGCUAGUUUUAUCAGCCAAGGGUCCAGAGUGCAAGUAGUUGCCUUGACCGAUCCAAGUACCUUGUCCAUGCCAUCAAGCCUUACCGACUGAAACUCAUCCAACACAACAGGACCAGACAGUGCUAUGGACCAGAGUUUGAAAUUCACCAGGCAUGUUUUUGCUACUGGUGUGGGUCCAAGUGCGACUACAUGGAGAUUGUUGAGUGCCGGGUUGGCGGCUGACAUCUCCAUUGAGCCAGCUGACUCACACGCAGUUCUCUAUCAUCACAUCAAGGAAUGUAAGUGCAGGGCUGAGUACAGAUAUAUUUGACUGUGCUGCAGCCUGUCCACAGGCCACCCAAAUGAAUCUCACAGACCACAGUUUAAAAACGCCUGCUUGGUCCAUAGUUGAUUCCAUUUCCACUGUGUGUGUUUCUCCUUCUUGCAUACUGGGACAAGUGAAUUGUUGUAAGAGCAAGCUGCAGUCAAGCAAUGUAGCUGAGAUCAUAGAAUUGUAGCACUGGAAAGGACCCCAUCUGGUCCAACCCCCUGAUGAAUAGACAUUCCAUUGUGGCGAUCGUAACUUAGGUUUAAGGUGCACUUUGGUGCCUAGCUUCCAUAUCUGAGUUUCUAACACUGCUCUGGAUACCCCUUGAGUGGAUUCAAUAUUACAGUGGAUGCAAGCGAUUUUAUUCUCAAAAUGCUUAGCAAACAAGUCGCAGUGAGAUACCAUCGGUUCUGCCACUUCCUUCAGGCCAGACUGUAAGAGACCCUGCACGGCCUGUAAAAGCUUUGUAAUGAAGGCAGCAAAGUAUGCCGCCUUUGCUCCCUUCACUGCUCAAGGACAAGCCCUUACCCAUGUUUGAUUGCAUUUGACCAGAGUUUUCCCCUGCUCAUGUUCUAGCUGUCUCCCAGCUUGUUUCCUCGCCCUAAGCUCUGGAGUAUACCAGGGGAGCCAAGCAGGCUCCACAAAACAGGAGAGAGCGCUCGGGCGAGUGUGUCAAUGACUCAAGCCAUCCAGAUUUCCCACAAGUCAUCCAGGGCUUCAACAGGAGCGCCAGUCAUACCAGCUGGCAAAUCCCCCAGGGCCAUCUGGAAUCCAGUUGGCUCCAUCAGCCUCAUAGGUCCAUCCAUCCUUAUAGGUCUCCCACCUGUAAAGACACUGAGAGCCUAAAUCUCAACAGGAAGUGAUCUGGUUAUGACAAAGGACUUGUGUCAAUAUCCCCCACUCUUGGAUCAUCCUUUCCCUUCUUAGUUGAGAAAGCAAAGUCCAGAGUGUGACCUACCAAAUGUGUUGAGCCAAAGGCUUAUUGGGACAGCCUCAUGAUUGCCAUGGCAGUCAUGAAAACCUGAGCCACCCCAGAGGCAUGGAUGACCCCCAACAACAGCAGUCUGGGAGUCCUCAAUACUGCCUCCAAGACCAACUCUGUCAGCUCAGGCAGGGGAACUGUUGGGCAGCAAGGCAGCCAGUAAACCAGAAUUGGCCAACAUCAGGGACAGGGACGGGUCCUCACUCAACUGGACAGAGAGUCUUGACAGAGAGAUGGAAUAUCUAGACGAUCGCAGCUCCCCCUCCCUGACCCUCAAGUCUGUCCUGAUAGUGUCCUGAUACCCAGGUGGGCACAGCUGGGUAAGACCAACUCCACCCUGUUCACUUAGGACUCAGUGAUACAGGCGAAAUCGGCCUCCUCAUCCACAAUCAGAUCAUGGAUGAGAGAGGCCUUCUUCAAAGCCAGUCUGGCAUUCAACAGCAGCAGGCACAGACUCAACAGUUGGAUGAUAGGACAAUUACAGUUCCCCAGGUUGGAGGGAGUGUUGUCACACAGCACAAUUACUAACUGCCUGUCCAUUUGCCCCUUACCAGGCCUAGCCCACCCCCACACCAUACCUCCCCUCGUCCAGAACCACUAUGAUUGGGUUCCCCUCUGCUCUCCCCAGCUCCACUCUUCCCAGCUACAUUUUACAUCCUUUAAUUUAAAAAACCACAACAAAAACCCCAAAUUUAAAAACACACGUUAAAAAAACAAUUAAAACAGGAUUUGAAACAAUUAGAGCAAGGCUAUCCCCAGAGAAAAUGAUGUUAUGCCCCUUGCCUUUCCCUAAGGUCGCUCCCCUUUGGGGGGUGCCACCGCUAUUGGCCCAGGUCUUGAUAUAGCUCCCCCCGCCCCCGGUAGAUUGAGCAGACUUCUCUCUGCUGACCAAAGGUGCAAAAAGACCGGCUUUCUCAAGAGAUGGAGGAAGGCUAGAUGAACAGCUCACCACCUCACUGAUGGUCUCUGGCUGUUGCUACCUUUGAGAGUGAAGCAUCAGCAUGGAAGAUAUUGUGGGCUGAGUUCUUCUCUGCUUUAUCUCAUUGAUACAGGAGGGCAGCCACACAAGAGGAGGAGAACAUCUGAGCCAUCUGAAAUUGAAGAGCGGCUGGAAUCCUUAAUAUGCAGAGUAGGAGAAAAGGUAUGAGGGACUGCAGCUUUAUACUGUUUUGCAUGCGUGGUUUUAAAAGCUUUUAAACUGUGUAUUGCAGUGCAAAUACCUUUACCCAGAGUUCUUCUUCUUCUAAUCCUCUCAGAGUACUUCUUCUUUGGAGAGUAACUUGGAAGGCCUGGCUGGGGUCUUGGAGGCAGAUUUACCAAACUACAAAAGCAAGAUACUAAGAAUCCUUUGUACAGUGUAUGUAUGCAAAAGAUUUAUGGAUCCAGGUGAUAAUGUAUUACCUACACUAAAUGCUUUUAAACAUUCAUAAGGUUACGUUGUAUAUUUGUGUGUGUGUGUCUGUCAUUAAUUUUCUGUCCUAGAUGUUUUCUGUCUUAGAUGUUGAAACUGAGAGGAAAUCUCAGGGAGGAAAUCAACAAACUGAGUAAAACCAAUAGUCUGUUUACCUUAGGCAGAAAGUUUUUGAGCUGAUAAUCAUUGACUAGCCUUUCUGAGUAAAUGUGCGUACGGUUCAUGGUCAGAAAUGGGAAAAAGGACCUCAGGUUUUAAUUAAAAGUGCACCACUUGCCAAAUAUUUUGAGGUGGUUGUUGGCGAUGGUGAGGUGAGCAGUAGUGUGUUGGUACUUCUUUUUUUCCACUGUAUUGCCUUGCGUGCAUGCGUGCUUUCUGGAGUGCUAUUGCUGAUCAUUUAGCCACAUACACUGCAAUGCAAAUGCCACAGUUGGUCUGUUGACUGCAGCAGUCAACUGAGGCAUGUUUUGUAGUUCCACAUUGCUGGGAGAUAUUUCAAGGCGCUCCAGGAAAGUAUAAGAACUUUGCCUCAGUUCUGCCUCCUGCUCUUCCUCCUGUUUCUUCUGUUCUUUUCAACCAGUGCCCCACAGUACAAGGAGAGACACUGCUACUCUACAGUGGAGCUGAACUAAAGGCCGGACUCAACUGCCCCGUUCUGCUAGCGGAAGACGGCACGAGGACUCCUGAUAUUGCAAAGGAGCUUCCUCCCCCAAAUCUGCUCUGGAGGGUUGGGAGAUUCCCCCCCACCCCCAGUAAUAUUCAGGGAGAGGAGUGGGGAGAUCAUUCCAUUGGGCAAGCAGAAAUACUUGCGCUGAUGGUAUGAUCUCCUUAGUGCUAUGUUGAAUUUCACCCUAAGAGGAAAAAACACAGUUGAUCAUGUUGCGUAAUUUAUAUGUAUUUUAUUCUAGUUUUCCAAGGAGAGCUUCAAAAAUAAGUCAGAUUCAAGCAGAGCCCUUUCUCACUUUGUUCUAGGAUAUAGAUUCUUGAGUUCAAAAAAAUAUCUGUAUCCCACCUAACGGUUUGAAUUUGCCAUGUUGAAGACUGAUAACACAAUGUUUGCAAUCUGAAUUAAUGCCUGAUGUUUGUGUCUCCUCCUUAAUGGGAAAAAAAAUCAGUGCACGUUUGUUACCCGUAAAGCUGACGGUUUACACUACUUUAGUCGGCCUCCUGAACGCAAGGAACUACAACUUUGGCGGAGAGUUUGUAGAAGCCAUGAUACGUCAACUCAAAGAGUGUUUCAAAGUCAACAUGUAUAGUGAAGCUGUGGUUUUAGUAAGUUCCUUUUGCAUCUUACAGCCUUUAUUUAGUUUUUUUCCAGUGAAUCUGAAGGGCUUACCUUUCAUCUUGCAGGGUGCAGUUGUGGAAAACUCAAUCUCGUUUUCUCCCCAAUGCACCCAUCCAAACCCACACUUGCCCAUCUAUUUGUAGCUUUACUACAGUGCUAGUGGCAUGGCAUGUUGUGUGAUUUUAGUGCUUGUUCAGAGAGCAUCCUCAUUACACUGACGGCACACAAAGGAUUAAGAUCCAGCAGGUAGAUUUUUUUCUUAUUCACUGCGUCUUUUUGAUACAGUCGUACCUUGGUUGUCGAAUGGAAUCUGUUCCAGAAGUCUGUUCGACUUCCGAGAACGUUCAACAACCAAGGCACGUCAGACAUACAGCUUCCAAAGAACGUUCACAAACCAGAACACUCACUUCCGGGUUUGCAGCGUUCAAGAGCCAAAACGUUUGACUCAUAAGGCGUUCGGGAUCCAAGGUACGACUGUAAUUUACAACUCACAGGUGAAGCUUUUUUGUUUUCUGUCUUGCUGCUGCCUUUUUAAGGGAUUCCAGCCGAUGAUAAGGUUGGGUCUCGGUCUCGUGUGCUUCCUCUUCUGCUCCCUCACCAAGGGCAGAAGGUAGUGCGGUCACAGUGGGACUCUGAUUUUUGGAGAGCCUGCUUUUCUCUAUCGGCUGAGGGAGGAUCCCAAAACAGAUUCCAUUCUCACCACAACUAAACUCCCAGCUCCCCCUUCUCUUUCUCUAGGUCCGUUUUCUGUCUGAUCUUGUGAAUUGUCAUGUAAUAGCUGCCCCAUCAAUGGUGGCCAUGUUUGAAAAUUUCGUUGCUGUGACUCAGGAGGAGGAUGUACCUCAGGUAAGCAAAGACAUUCUUUUGUUCCAUUGAUGAUUUUGCUUUUAAGAUACCUGCCUUUGGAAGAAGAAAAAGCAGGCUUCCUCGGCCCUCCUGAUGUUUUUGGCCUACAACUCCCAUGAUCCUUAGCUAGCAGAACCAGUGGUCAGGGAUGCUGGGAACUGUAGUCUCAAAACACCGGAGGGCCGAGGUUGAGGAAGCCUGAGAAAAAGAAUGCCUCAACACAGUCAGAAACGUUCCAUCAGGAUUCUUGAAGGAUCUAUAAUUCUAACCUGCUAGGGCCAACCCUAAUUCAGGUUUGGGAUUUGAAGCUCCUUGAAUAAAACAGACACUGAAAUGUCAAAUUGUCAGGGAUAGGAAUUUACCCUUUAGGAAGCCUGGACACAAACUGGUGAUCAGAGAACCCAUCACUUAUCACCAGAACAUCCUCCUAGUGCCUCUACCAGAAACUCUGUUUAUUCAUAUUAAACUUUGCCUAAGGAGACCAAAUAACACCAGGGUGCUGGAUUUGGGUUGGCGGGCCACCAGUUGCUUACUUCUAGACUAGAUCAUCUUGCACACACCUGCUGACAUCUCUACAGCAUUAUGGUAUGUGCUCUGUCACUGAGCUAUAUGGCCUUUCCGUUCUCUGGCUUGUUCAUCUUCUGCGUAUUUUCUGCAGCUGUUUUCAUAUUGGUAUAGUUUUAGAAUCGGUAUUUAAGAUAUCUAGAUCUGUGGGGUGAUUUCUGCCAACUGCUGGCAAGACUGGGCAUUUUCCAGGCCAUGGGUGAUCUAGGGAAAGUGAGGGUACAUCCUAAAUAAAAUUGGAGGAAAGAUGUGGUCAAUUAAAGUAGAACUUAAAUAAAUGCUUAUGCAACCAGUAUGAUGCAUGAACAACUUUUGAGAAUUUGCCCUCUUUGUUUAGUAGUCUAGUUGCAUAUAUUUAGACAGCUGUUAAUGGAUAUAAGCAUAUUGGCCUGUUGUGUUUUAGAGAUCCAGCGUGGUGUAGUGAUUAAGAGCGGUGGACUCGUAAUCUGGUGAACUGGGUUCACUUCCCAGCUUUUCCACAUGCAGCUGCUGGGUGACCUUGGGCUAGUCACACUUCUCUGAAGUCUCUCAGCCUCACGCACCUCACAGAGUGUUUGUUGUGGGGGAGGAAGGGAAGGGAGAUUGUUAUCCGCUUUGAGACUCCUUAAGGGGAGUGAAGGGCAGGAUAUCAAGUCCAAACUCCUCCUCCUCCUCCUCCUCUUCUUCUUCUUGAUGAUGAUUUGUGUUUGAAGCAUUAUAUCGGAAUAUAAGCCCCUUACCCUUGUUCCUUUUAUGCGCCUGAACAUUACCAUCACUUCUGUUUGCCACAGGUACGCUGUGACUGGUAUGUGUAUGCUUUUCUCUCAUCCUUACCUUGGGUGGGGAAGGAGUUGUAUGAGAAGAAGGAUGCUGAGAUGGACCGCAUCUUGUCCCAGGUUGAAAACUACCUGAAGUAAGAGAACAGUAACCAAUCUGCUUUGCCUUACUAGAUAGCAGAGUAGAAAAAAGUAUUUGUUUUAUCAGUCUCUGUCCUCACCCUCCUCUCCCCCUGCCCCCAAGAGGGGGGGGGGACACAGGACACAUUACCGUGCAAAGUACUACAACUGUCAUCACUCCUUAUGUCCAACCAGUCUGGGACAGAAGAUUACCAGACUGCACCAAGAUUCAGAGGAAGAAAGAGCUAAGAAGCAGGCUCUCUGCUUCCUGAACCCUAGACAAAACACUUAAAACAGUAACAAGCAACCCAGAUGGUUAGGAACUGGGUUCAGUACCAUGCCACCAUGUCCUCAAAGACAAAUCCACAGACGCGUCGUAGGCCACCUGAACGAAGCUCACGGACCACAGUUUGGGAACCCAGGCCCUAGAACUUUAUUAGAUUUUGUUUUUUGAAUUGUGCCGAAGUCGUCAUGGUUAUCAUGUAACUUUAAAAGUGUGUGCUCUUAGGUCUUGACUUGACUUUCUUUUCAAAAGCCCCAUAAACUCACACAAAAAAGAAAAAGGGGAAAAAAACUGAGCUGGGAAUUGGAUAAUUGAAAAUGCAUACCUAACCAUACUCUGGCAACAAGCCCACCCCUCUAUCGGUCAUGCUUGCUUAUCUGAGUAACUUUUAUAUUUCCUUUCACUCUAUUUCAGACGGCGUCAAAAGAUUCACGUACCAAUGCUACAAGUUUGGUCUGCUGAUAAACCACAUCCACAAGAAGAGGUAAAACGUGGCAAGGAGUCUUGAGUACAUGUCACCACAUAUAUCUGAAUAAUUUUAUUUCAAAUAUAUUGUCCUUUGUAGAGCUUGCAGUGUGGUUUACAAGUCCAAGAUAAAAUACUAAUUGAGCGCAUUUUAAAAAUUAACACAUUAUAAACCCUGGAAAAAUAAAAAAAGAUGUUUUUAUCUGGCAAUGAGAAGAAAUGUUGGCACCCAGUAGGCCUCAAAUAAAGUCCUCGGUUUUUUUAAAAAAUAUAUAUCAUGUGGCGCUGUGGGCUGCUGUUUUCAAAUCCAAGUCAAAACUUACUUAUGUGGUUCUUUAGAUCAAGGGGGUGGGGGCUAAACCGUGGCACUCCAGAUGUUGCCAGACUACAAGUCCCAUCACCCCUGAACAUUGACUGUGUUGGCUGAGCCUGAUGGGAGUUACAGUCUAGCCAGUUCUGAUGCCCUACAGGCUAGCCACCUCUGCUUUCCUUCCUGAGGCACUAACAGCAGCAGAGGACAAAAGGACGUUUGCGGGGAUGGAUGGAGAGUUGGCUUCCAAGUUGGGCAGUGGAGUGGAUGGAAGAAGAAGUGCCAUUCUGUUGGCAGCGGGCGUCUUCCUGCAUGAUGGGCACUUUUGUUUUUCAGUACUUGGAUUGCCUGUGGGCUCAGGUUCAGAAGCUGAAGAAGGACCGCUGGCAAGAAAGGCACAUCCCAAGGCCAUACCUUGCUUUUGACAACGUGCUCUGCGAGGCGCUGCAGCACAAUCUGCCGCCCUUCACUCCGCCACCUCACACCGAAGACUCCGUUUACCCGAUGCCGAGAGUUAUCUUCAGAAUGUUUGACUACACUGAUGAUCCUGAGGUGAGUUGCGUGUACGUACGGAUGGUGGUUAACGGGUUGAGGCUGAAUCACGACAAGACAGAAGCACUGUUUCUGGGGGACGGGGCAGACAGUUGUGGGGGGCUCCCUAGUCCUGAAUGGGGUAACUAAAGAACCAGGUGCACAGCCUUGGGGUCAUUCUGGAGUCACAGCUGUCCAUGGAGGCGCAGGUCAAUUCUGUGUCCAGCUCCCUCUGGUAUGCCAGCUGAGAUCCUACCUGCCCACAGACUCUCUCACCAGAGUACAGUGGUGCCCCGCAAGACGAAUGCCUCGCAAGAUGGAAAACCCGCUAGACGAAAGGGUUUUCCGUUUUUGAGUUGCUUCGCAGGACGAAUUUCCCUAUGGGCUUGCUUCGCAAGAUGAAAAUGUCUUGCAAGUCUUGAGAUUUUUUUUUCGCUUUCGCCCCCUUUAUCUAAUCUGCUAAACCUUUAAUAGCCUUUAAUAGCCUUUUAGCAGCUAAUCCGCUAAGCCUUUAAGCCUUUAAUAGCCGCUAAACCGCUAAUAGCGCUAAUCCGUUAAGCCGCUAAUAGGGUUGCUUCGCAAGACGAAAAAACCGCUAGACGAAGACUCUCGCGGAACGGAUUAAUUUCGUCUUGCGAGGCACCACUGUAAUCCUGCUUGGAUUACCGCAAUGUGCUCUACGUGGGGCUACCUUUGUUUUUUUUUUAAAAUAUUUUUUAUUAACAGACCAAUCAAAUCAAAUCACAUUAAUUACAAAUUACAAAGCCAAAUUUUAAAUUUUUGUUGGGGGUACCCAUAUUUCAAGUUCCGAAAGGGAUCCAAUCAUCUUGUUGCUGCUGCUUUAAUGUCCACAAAUCUGUCCAAAUGAUGUUCACAAUUCUAUCCAAUCCUUCCUUGUUGUUCUCCACAUCUCUUCUUGUUGUUUUCAUAUAUUUUUCCUUUUUCUUUGUGACCUCUGAUAAUCUCCACAAGCGAGUUGAAACCAAUUGUAGUCCUGUGUGGGCUUUUCCAUUCAUCCAAGGGUCAUAUUCAGACGGCUGCCGCUUUUCAUCACUUCCAUAAAUAAACACACUCUUGCCGUCUACUCGUUAAUCUUCACAGGUCUGUCACUCCCUUUCUCAGUCUUCUGAGGAGGUUCUGCCAGAAAUCCCAUAUAAAAACAAAUCCAUAGCUUCCUCCUCCUCAGUCAUCAGUCUUUCAACAGAACCUGCCAACAUGGCGACUCCCUCUUUAUUGCUGUGCCAUUCCAAAAGCCCUUAUUCUUUUCUGGAUCUCCAUAUGCCAAACUUUUGGUUGAUAAUUCAUUUCCACAGUUUUUAAUCGUCCCGCUUAGGUCAGUUAUGCGAUGGUUCUUUUUGGGGAGGGGUUCGUGGGUAAUCACAUAGAAGAAAAGAAAAAAGUUCCCCCCCUCCAUCCAGUCCCGUUCCGACAUACCAGCCCUUUGAUGUUCUUCAUGAUGAAUUCCUGUUAAAUCCAACCCGUAGCUCUUACUUCACAGAGGUCACUUCUGUGAAGUUAGCAGUCUUAUCUCCCGUUCUUUACUUGAAAUAUGUGCAUUUGCUUCUUCUCUAAUUGUUUAUUUCGAGCUCCUGCAGCCAGUUCGCGCGAUCAGAGACAGCGUCAGGGAGAGCCGGCUCCCACGGGGGUUGUGUGCCUAGUGCCUUCACCCCCUUCUUUCGAACUUGGGGGUGAUUUAUGGCAGCUGCAGGCAAGGCAGUGUUUCCCCAUUCCCUGGGGUAAACAAGGGAGACUGCAUACUCCCAUAUCAGCCUCUUAAUUACCCCGUGUGAGCCGGAGAGAUGGUAUUGUCGGCCAUCUUCCAAUGCGCCCCUGGUGGCCCCCCACGUGGGGCUACCUUUGAAGGUGACUCAGAAACUACAACUAAUCCAGAAUGUGGCAACUAGACUGGUGACUGGGAGUGGUUGCUGAGACCAUAUGAAACCGGUCUUAAAGGAUGUACAUUGGCUCCCAGUGCAUUUCCCAGCACAAUUCAGAGUGUUGGUGUUGAUCUUUAAAGCCCUAAAUGGCUUCAGCCCUGAAUAUCUGAAGGAACACCUCCAUCCCCAUCAUUCAGCUCCCUGAGGGCCGCCUAGCGGUUCCCUCAUUGCGAGAAGUGUAGUUACAGGGAACCAGGCAGAGGGCCUUCUCGGUAGUUGUGCCUGCCCUGUGGAAUGCCCUCCCGGCAGAUGUCAAAGAGAUCAACAACUUUCCAUAGACAUCUGAAGGUAGCCCUGUAUCGGGAAGCUUUUAACGUCUGAUGUUUUGCUGUCUUCUUUUAUAUUCUGCUGGAAGCCAACUAGAGGCUUGCAGUAGUCAAGUGAUUUCUUCAGGGCAUAACCUGUCCCACCCUGCUCAUGACAAAUAAAUAUAUUUUUGAGACUUUUGUUUCAAAAGUUGCUUUUGGAAGGACAUAGGGGGCUACUAAAGGAUCUAAAGUUUCUUUGAGGUCAUGGAACCGGUUUCACAGUUCUUUGAAUCUUGACCUGUUUUUAACAGCAGCAAAAUUUAUUACGGGGGGAAAUACUUUUUAGCAUUUUGAAAUUGCUUGCAAAUGUUAAAUGCCCUAGAAACAAUAAAUUGUAUUGUAUUAUAACUAUUGUCAAAGCUAUAGUGCCAGUAAUGCAGCCAAACUUUGUCAUUUAUUUUGUUUAAAAUGGACUUUUAUGUUAUAUCACUUCUGCCGUUUCUUAAUUCCUUCAUCAGGGUCCUGUUAUGCCUGGCAGUCAUUCCGCUGAAAGAUUUGUGAUAGAGGAAAAUCUUCACUGCAUCAUUAAAUCACACUGGAAAGAAAGGAAGACAUGGUAGGAGUUACUUUUCAUGCAGGGCAACCAUUAGGAGAUCAAAAGACCUUUGUUUUCUACCACCUGACGGCACUGUUUUCUGAGUGUUGCUAAAGAGCAUAUUUGCUCAUGAGGUGAAGAUGGCUGCAAUUCACCAAUUCAUUUAAAAAGCAGCUUGCCUCUUCAUCCAAUUUCUGCUGUGAAAACCUCAAACUCUUCAGCUGCACGUGCAUCAAAUUUCUGCAAAUUGCACUGAUCUGGAAAAGUUAUAUUUCACAGUGUCUCCACACAACCACUGCCUAAGCCAGCCCUUUCACAAGUGCAGUAUAUUACAAACCUUUGAUAAAAAUAAGAUCUAUUAUCUGAUAAAGGGGGAAAGGUAUCUUUCCUGUCUGGCAGACAGUGACCUACCAAAAACCCAAAUGUCUUAAACUUUGAAAUGAAACCCUAUAAGGAAUUCUUCAUAAUGAAAAGUGAUCAGGAUAAAAUAUCUCCUGAAAUAAAAUUUCCAGUUGCCAAAUGGGUGGUUGAAAACAAACUGAGAAGAGAGGGCCUCCUGGGAUACAGUCCCCUGAAAGGACAAAACACUUCUGGGGUUACUCCUUUUUGAGCCACCUCAGAUUUAGGCUGGAAGGAGAACUGCCCCUCUAAUUUUGACUGCUUUCAAAUGCAAAGGUACCAUUGAGGAACUGUAAAAAUGGAGUGAGUCACUGAUGUAUCCAGGAGGGAUAUGAUUUUAGAGUUGGGUAGCUGUAAAAAACACAUUUAGCUGUAAAAAACACAUUUAGAGAAUUUGCUGCUGUCUACUUGGGUGCAAAAUGCUCUUUUUCAAAUUGUGUCUUGACAAUAAGUUCACAAAAUAAUGCUUUCAACAUCCAGACCUCUUUUCUUGCAGUUUCUGUAAUAAUGGCACAUGGAUCUCUCAUUCUAGUCAAUCAAAAGCUUAUGGUGGGUUUUGAGGAGAUAUAUACAGAUACUUCAGAUGCGGGUGGCGCUGUGGGUUAAACCACAGAGCCUAGGACUUGCUGAUGAGAAGGUCGGCUGUUCGAAUCCCCACAACGGGGUGAGCUCCUGUUGCUCGGUCCCAGCUCCUGCCAACCUAGCAGUUCGAAAGAACAUCAAAGUGCAAGUAGAUAAAUAGGUACCGCUCUGGUGGGAAGGUAAACGGCGUUUCCGUGCGCUGCUCUGGUUCGCCAGAAGCGGCUUGGUCAUGCUGGCCACAUGACCCAGAAGCUGUACGCCGGCUCCCUCAGCCAAUAAAGCGAGAUGAGCGCCACAACCCCAGAGUCAUCCACUACUGGACCUAAUGGUCAGGGGUCCCUUUACCUUUACCUUAUACAGAUACUUGGAGUCAUCUUCAGUUUGCAUAGUCCUUUUGCUAUGCUUAUGAGUCUUACUGUCACUUUAGUGCCAGCUGCAUGUGAAUUGAUACACAUGCACUUAACUGACAGUCUGUUCUUUAGCAAGGCUUCAGUUUGCUUCCUAAGUGACUUUUUUCUGUAUUUGCAUUCUUUGAAUCACUGAGUCUACCUUUUCCUCUAGUGCUGCUCAGUUACUGAGCUACCCAGGGAAUAACAAGAUCCCCCUGAACUACCACAUCGUUGAGGUAUGCAUCUCUUUACCAUAUUUAUCUUUUUCCUCUUUCAAAAUGCCUUUACUUGCUAUGCUGUAAACUCUAUUAUAAUUUAUCCAGACUCAUUUGCAAAAAAAAUCCCACCCAACCGUGCAGAAAAGGAGGUUGAAUCUGCGUCAAACCUCAUAUAUAAAAAAAUAUGUUAAAUACUAAUGAACUAUAUCUGGCUAAAUUGUUGUUGUUUUAUUUACACCCCUUCCAUUUGGCUGGGUUUCCCCAGCCACACUGGGCAAUUUAUAGAAUAUAUAAAUGCUGAGGAUAGUGGUUAGAGCAAUUGACCCAAGGCUAAUUUCAAGCCCCAACUCAGCCUUCCAGAUUAUUGGGUGCCCUUGGGGUCAGUCCCUCUCACUCAGCCUACCUUGCCUCACAGGGUAGGGGAUAAAAUGGGGGCAUUAGACCUUGGAGGAAAGGCAGGAAAUAAAUUUAAUAAAUAUGCAAGUUUGUUCAUAUUUGUGCAAAGUGUUGGUGCUGACCUUUAAAGCCCUAAACGGCCUCUGCCCAGUAUACCUGAAGGAGCAUCUCCACCUCCAUUGUUCAGUCUGGACACAGAGGUCCAGCUCCGAGGGCCUUCUGGCAGUUCCCUCACUGCAAGAAGUGAGCCUACAGGGAACCAGGCAGAGGUCCUUCUCAGUAGUGGCAUCCUACCAUCAGAUGUUAAGGAAAUAAACAACUAUCUGGCUUUUAGAAGACAUCUGAAGGCAGCCCUGUGUCGUGAAGUUUUAAAUGUUUGAUGUUUUCCUGUGUUUGAUGUUUUAAUUUGCUGGAAGCCGCCCCAAGUGGCUGGGGCAAGCCAGUCAGAUGGGCAGCAUAUCAAUGAAUUGUUAUUGCUGCUGCUGCUGUUGUUCUUAGAGCAUAAGAAGGGUCAUUUCAUCACUAUAUCCCAACAGUUUCCAGACUUAAUACUAAUAAUACCUUCCGAUAUCAGUACAGAUAAGACAGGUAUACAGUUCACUGUAUCUGUGUCAUGUUUUCCCCCCAGGUAAUCUUUGCCGAGCUGUUUCAGCUUCCUAUUCCACCACACACUGAGGUCAUGUACACAACACUCCUUAUUGAACUUUGCAAACUUCAGCCCGGCUCCUUACCCCAAGUUGUAUCCUUUCUUCUCAACAACUCUGAUAUCAGUUAGCACAUUUUUUGUAGGAAAAAAAUGUUAAUGCAUUAUGUAUUACUGUUCACAACUGUAUUAGAAGUCGGUUGGUUGCAGAUGCAGGUUAUUUUGAGUAAUCGCUGAAAUGAAAGUUGUGACUAAAAAUGUUUUCAUUGGUAACCAUUCUUAUUCAUCAGGCAAAAAUAGGAAGGCUACGCAGAAGCUUAAAGGUUGUAGCCUGCCCUGAGGCCUUAGGGUGAAGGGCAGGUAAUAAAAUAACAAUUAUAAUAAUUCUACAUGGCAAAUAAAAUAUUGCCCUGCCUCUUAAAGUGUCUAAAUCCAAGAUACAGUGGAAUCUCGGUUGUUGAACGUAAUCUGUUCCAGCAGACUGUUCAAGAAGAAGAAGAAGAAGAAGAAGAAGAAGAAGAAGAAGAAGAGUUUGGAUUUGAUAUCCCGCUUUAUCACUCCCUUUAAGGAGUCUCAAAGCGGCUAACAUUCUCCUUUCCCUUCCUCCCCCACAACAAACACUCUGUGAGGUGGCUGGGGCUGAGAGACUUCAGAGAAGUGUGACUAGCCCAAGGUCACCCAGCAGCUGCAUGUGGAGGAGCGGAGACGCGAACCCGGUUCCCCAGAUUACGAGACUACCGCUCUUAACCACUACACCACACUGGUUCAACUUCCAAAACAUUCAACAACCGAGGCGCAAAGGGCUGUCAGCAAAUUCAGUUGAGAAAAUUGAAAAACACGUAGUGGAAGUCAUUCGACUUCCAAGGUGCGUUCGAAAACGGAAGCAUUUACUUCCGGGUUUUCGGCGUUUGGGUUCCCAAAUAUUUGUCAGCUGAGACGUUUGAGAACCGAAGUUCCACUGUACUUGAUUUGAGUCUGAUUCAGUAGCCUAGUACUCUAGGUUUGGGCACACAUAGUUUCUCUCUUAACAAAGGGAGAGUUAAAGGUUCAUCCAUAUUAUUCCUUAAAUGGAAUCUUGCAGCUUGCACAAGCCACAGAAAUGCUGUACAUGCGCUUGGAUACAAUGAACACUACUUGCAUAGACAGGUAAGUAAGUGCACUUACCUUUAGAUUUCCAAGAAGUUUGUGAAGCAGGUUUCAUCAGAUGUCAUGGAGCGGUUGGAUGCAGAGGAAUAGUGGGAGGAAUCAAGCAAGGGAAGAAGGCUCAGAACCUGGGGUGGGGUGGGGGGACAAUGGUGAGUGGUCAGAGGGAGAAGACUGGGAGGAAGAGGUGUCGGAAGCUGAAGAGGUAACAGGGCUUAGUGAUCUGGGAGAGUCUGGCAGGGGGAAGUCCAGAAUCCGGCAGAAACUGAAGGAGGAGGAGAGUGGAAAGAGGGAGGCCAAGAGGCAGAGAUGAGUCAGGCUGGUGAAGAGUUAUAGGUGUCUGCCCUCUCCCCAACUCCCAGAACCAGAAGAGGCAUGAAAAGGCAAGAGGAGAAAUUGGCUGCAUGCUGAUGCCAUCUCCGAUUGCUUCGGGAAAGCACUGGAGAGCAGGGGACUUAAGACAGCUGUGAGAAGGAAGGGACUUUCAGUCUUGGCAAUUGAUUUUCAUGGAGGAAGGCCGCAGGGAACGAGCCGCUCUGGUCUCUAGGCCUGAAACUCAACGAAGUCUGUGCAGAUCGUGUUUUUUGCUAAUAAAAAGUUAACUCCAUUUUUGAGAUGUGUGAUUGAUGGCAGGCAGGUUUCUCUGGCAUUAGCUCAUUUGAACUGAAUGAAUGUAUAACUUUUGAGUUGAGAAGGGGUAGCCAAGUACAUCUUGGCUUGGAAGAGGAGGCAGGAGCAUCUGAAAAUACACUUUGAGUAUUACAUACAAAACUAUUAUCUGAAGCUUCCAUAUCUGAACUACAGUGGUACCUCUAGUUGCAGACAUGAUCCGUUCCAGGGUGCCAUUUGCACCCAGAAAGUCUGCAUCCAGAGCAGCGCUUCUGCGCAAACGUGGAGCGCGAUAGAGUGCUUCUGUGCAUGUGUGAAGCACGCAGAACGCUUCUGCGCAUGUUGUGCAGCGAAACCCGGAAGUAUACACUUCUGGGUUUGCUGCGUUCGCAACCCGAAAAGCCGCAACGUGAAGCAAAUACAACAAGAGGUAUGAUUGUAUAUAAUUAGCUUGUUGUACUAACUUCAGAGAUAAUUAGAACUAGAUAGCCUUGCAGAAGAUCCAGUUAUCUGACAGCUUUGGGCAUUCUGCUCCUUAAUUUAUUAAGAGUUCUCUAUUUACUUGAGCUUCAUAACCAGUAUUUCCAGGAAUCCAUGUCAACAAAAUGGGUUGUGGCAUUCCUUGUAAUGGCUAGGAUAUAGUGUGAAUAAUGUCACUGUGAAUGGCUGUGGUUUGGUCAUCUGGGAGUUAGUGAAAGUUUCCUUCUUUUUUCAUGAAGGUUCAUUAAUUGGUUUUCCCACCAUUUGAAUAAUUUUCAAUUCCGUUGGAGCUGGGAAGACUGGUAAGUUUAUUUCUUGUCAGUUUCUCAGUUGCUUUCACAUACGCUUUUGUAAUUUUUCAGUGAUUCUUAUUAUCUCCUUCUGAAAUAUCCAAAUGGUGCUAAAUUCUGCAUAUGUCAAAUUACAAAUGUGAUAUAUUUUCAAUGAUUUCUGUGCAAGACUAGAUAGCCCACAGGUAUCUGUGGUUUAAAAUGUCAUUAUGUGAAAUUAUGUAAGCUUUGCUGCCUUAAACUGUAACCCUCAGUACUGUAUGAAUUUGCUUCCUAGUGGCUCUGACAAUGCAGAGAGCCAAAGAAGCACAACAUUGAAGAUUGCAGCUUCCUAAAUCAGUGCAUAUUAGACAAAUAAGCCUAUAUAUGCUUCUCUGGGUAAUGGCAAUUGCACAAUUUUGUUCCAAUGAUAGGUCAGAUUGUCUUUCUGAGGACCUUGACAAACCCAGACCUAAAUUCGUAAGAGAAGUUUUGGAAAAAUGUAUGAGGUGAGUGAGGCAUCAGAAUUGCAGAAGGGGUAGUAUUCAAGAUGGAUCUAGCCUAUUUUUCCAACUUAAUGCAGUUGCUAAAGUGUGGAAGAAAUAAUAUCAGCUCCCACUUCAAACCAAUAGUAUUUGCUUAGUCUUUGUAUGUUUGGCCAGGAAUAGGGCACUUACUCAUUAUGAGUUAAGACAUCAUCUGGAUGGUAUUUGUCUCACUAACAGGAGGGGAACAGUAGUUGGAAGUAUUCUGCUGGGGGAAAAUUCAGUAAAUAAAAAUAGUGCUUUUGAAUGAAUUUUUAAAAUUCUCUCUCCCAAGUUUAGAUUCCUCAGUUUAAUUCCUUGUUUUGUAAUGUCUAAUGAUCAAUCAACAAAAACAAAAUUGACUAAAUGGAAAACAAUUGAGCAUACAAAUAAAUGAUCCCAAAUAGUUACUGGGAAGUAACUUCUAUUCAGAUCAGUGGAGCUGACUUCUGUGUAAAUAUGUUCAGGAGCUGGGUGUUAGGGGCAUAAUUGUACUUUGGACUAUUCCUUUCCUGUUCCAGUGUAAAGCAUAGACUUUGAUUUUGCCAUAUCUAGAUUUAUAAUCUGCAUUCCGUGAGGCUAAGUAAGGGUUCAUGCUUGGCUGGGUUUUGUCCAUAGACCUGUAUCAUGACAGGAGUAUCACUUCUUCAUCUUAUGCAAAAUCUUUUUUCCCCCUAGGCUUUCCUACCACCAACGAAUAGUGGAUAUUGUUCCUGCUACGUUUUCAGUCCUAACUCCUGCAAAUCCAGCAUGUAUUUAUAAAUACGGAGAUGAAAGCAACAGUAUGUAUAUGGUGCAGUGUUUUCUUUCUAUUUUUAAAUAGUUGGACUAGUUUUGUUGAAUCUGUCUUUGGGGAGCUGGUGUAGUCUAGUGGGUGAGAGGCUGAGCUAUGGAUUGAGGAGGGGUCCUGGUUCAAAUUUGGCCCCUGCCAUAGACUCAACAGGCAUUCUUGAGCAAGCAACUCUCUCAAAGCUACAACCUCCAUCUGCAGUAUGAGAAUAAGGAUGGAACGUAGUAAGGAUUACAAGAGAACUAGGAAAUUCUUUAGCACUGUUUGUUUUGUUAUACUAAUAGCCUGAGCUUUCUCUAAAACAGCCUUUCUCAACCUGUGGGUCCCCAGAUGUUGUUGAACUACAACUCCCAUCACCCCUAGCUAGCAAAGCCAGAUCUCAGGGAUGAUGGGAGUUGUAGUCCAACAACAUCUGGGGACCCACAGGUUGAGAACCGCUGCUCUAAAGGGUCCAGAACAGCCUACAAACAACUCCUAAUCUACAAUCCAGGUCCACAUCCACUUUGCUUCAACAAUAUGAUAGCAGAAGGUGCCCUUAAAGAUGUACAGUUGUACCUUGGUUCUUAAACGUAAUCCAUUCCGGAAGUCCGUUCGACUUCCAAAAUGUUCAAAAACCAAGGCGCAGCUUCCAAUUGGCUGCAGGAGCUUCCUGCACACAAGAAGAAGCCAAGUCGGACGUUCAUCUUCCGUAAAACUUUCGAAAACACUUCCGGGUUUUCGGCGUUUGGGAGACAAAACAUCCAAGUGCCAAGGCAUUCGUGAACCCGAGGUGCUACUGUAUUUGUCAGUUUCCUGCAUGGCAGUCCAGUUUUUAUGUUUGGAGCUCCUCAAAAGAGUUCAAGGAGCCUGGCAAACUGCUGAGCAGAAAACCAGGCUAGGCUGUUAGUGUGCAGGCAACUCUGGAAUGAACAGUCUGUUCAUUCUUAACAAGUUUUAAAACUUAACAUCUAGGCUGGUGGGAGAGAGAAGGAUUGUGAAGAUUGACUUGGUUGUUCAUUCUACUCAUUACAUGACCUGGAAGUCUGCAAGAUGAUGGCUUCCAAAGAAUGGCGUUUCUGCUGUCUUGGCUUUUAUGAGGAAAUAGGGCUUUUAAAAAAAAAUUAAAGGAAACUUUGCUUCUUUGUUUAUUUGUAGAGUCCCUUCCAGGAUACAACGUUGCGCUCUGCUUAAACAUCGCCAUUAAAAACAAAGCAAGCAACGAUGAGAUUUUCACUAUUUUGAAGGAUGUGCCCAACCCUAAUCAGGAUGAUGAUGAUGGUAAGAACUUCUGAUAGCUGUAGUCAGGUGCUCCUAGUUCUUUCUGUAUUUAAGCUUAUUUCAUUGUUCUGUAGAAGUGCUACAUUGCAACGUCGUCUUCUCUGAAUGCAUAGAUUUAAACCUAGUUCCCAUCAUUCAACAAGUGUACAAAAUACAGUGGUGCCUCGCAAGACGAAAUUAAUUCGUUCCGCGAGUUUUUUCGUCUUGCGGUUUUUUUCGUCUUGCGAAGCACGGUGUCGGAAAAGUUUUGGAAAAGCUUCAAAAAUCACCAAAGUCUUCAAAAACCUCAAAAAAGGCUACCACACCACGUGCUAUGAGUUGCUCCUCGAAGUCAAGUCGCAACUGUAUUAACGGUUUUAAGAAAAAGGAAACAAACUUGCAAGGCGUUUCCGUCUUGCGAAGCAAGCCCAUAGGGAAAAUCGUCUUGCGAAGCAACUCAAAAAACCAAAAAACCUUUCGUUUUGCGAGUUUUCCGUCUUGCGAGGCAUUCGUCUUGCGAGGUACCACUGUAUUAAGGAAACUGGAUGACAUCAGGUAAAAAAGUUGGAUCACUUGAUAUGGAAUGACCCUCCCAUGGAAUUUUUGACUUUCUUUGAACAGCUGACACCACCAGUCGUUCACUCUCUGCCUCAUACACACAACAGUUUAGCUUUGCGCAAUGGCUGUUGUUUAUAUAGCAACAUCUGUAUUUGGUGCUUUACAAAAAAUGGCACAUGAGACGAAAACAGAAGCGGAGAAAAAUUGGGGAAGAAAAUGGCUACUCUUUGGUUUCAUGUACACACAUUUAGGCUUAGUUACACACAGAGAGAGAUCAUACUUGCCUUUGGUUACAUAGGCAUAGAUUUAUUUUUUUAAAAAAAGGCAGAAAAAUGUGGGUGCUGAAUCAAAGGCUGUACUGGAAGUACUGACUCAAAUGUAAUUUUUAUUUUCCAGAUGAAGGCUUCUCUUUUAAUCCUUUAAAAAUAGAGGUGUUUGUGCAGACGCUGCUGCAUUUGGCCGCAAAGUCAUUCAGUCACUCCUUCAGUGCUCUGGGAAGGUAAGUAUCAAUAGCACACUGCUACUGGCUCAUAUAGGGACGUGGGUGGCGCUGUGGGUUAAACCACAGAGCCUAGGACUUGCCGAUCAGAAGGUCGGCGGUUCAGAUCCCCACGACGGGGUGAGCUCCUGUUGCUCGGUCCCUGCUCCUGCCAACCUAGCAGUUCGAAAGCACGUCAAAGUGCAAGUAGAUAAAUAGGUACCACUCCGGUGGGAAGGUAAACGGCGUUUCCGUGCGCUGCUCUGGUUUCGCCAGAAGCGACUUAGUCAUGCUGGCCACAUGACCCGGAAGCUGCACGCCGGCUCCCUCGGCCAGUAAAGCGAGAGGAGCACUGCAACCCCAGAGUCAGUCACGACUGGACCUAAUGGUCAGGAGUCCCUUUACCUUUACUACUGGCUCAUAUAACCAGUUUUAAUUGUUUCUUACUUUAUGAAGAGCCUGCCUGGAAUUGAUUCACAAGGCAGAAACUGCAAGACAGUUUUGCGAAAACCUUCGAUUAAAGUCUUUAUCAUUAUUGUAGGGAGAGAUGUGAUACAUAUUUAUUUUUCUAUCAUACUAUCAGUCAGCUGAACCUAUGGGCGCCUUGGUUAGCAGGACUAUCUGCCCUUGUGCGGUACUCCUGGUAACAGACAAGCUAUCACUGCUGCGCUAUCUAUUUUACCUGUAACCAGCAGGUGGGCUGUGGAGGAGAUGCUUGAGAUGAGGUGGAGUGUUCCCCCAAAUCACCUUGCUGGUUGACAACAGCAAGCACAUGUUGGAUCCCUGUGUCAGAGCUCAGAGUCCUUGCCUCCUCCCAUUCUGAAAGAGACUCUGCUCUGUAUGACUCGAAAUGGAGGGGACAGAAUCAUCUAGCUUUCUUCUCACCCUCUCAGCCUUGCCGCUCAGCAGCUGUAGGUCCAAAGUGAGCUGCAGCCCUUGUUCAGCAAUCAGCUUUUGAAUGUCAGGUCACAGCCAAUGAAAGGAGCAGGCAAUAUAACUUUACCUCUUAACGGCCUUUCAUUGCUAUCUUUCCCUGUUCUGAUAAGAUUCCGCGAAGUCUUCAAAGCGCUGGCGGAAAGCGAUGAAGGGAAGCUGCAUGUGCUCAGAGUUACGUAUGAAGUGUGGAAGAAUCAUCCACAGGUGAGAGUGAAUGGACUUAUAGAUUUCCUCCCUUUCCCACUCAUCCAAAAAGUACCUUUAAGUUCCAUCAAUUGAUUUCAGUGUAAAGUGUGUGCUGCUGCACACCAGGCCCUAAAUCAGGCUUCCUCAACCUCUGCCCUCCAGCACUGGCGGAGGAAGAGGAGUGCGCGGCUGCCCCCGCCCCCAGAACGCGCGCACCCCGCCCCCGCCUGCUCUCCACCCCCCCACCCCCCCGGUGCUGGAGCAUGAAGGUCCGCCACUGCCCUCCAGAUAUUUUUUUUGGCCUACAACUCCCAUGAUCCCUAGCUAGCAGGACCAGUGGCCAGGGAUGAUGGGAAUUGUAGUCUCAGAACAUCUGAAGGGCCGAGGUUGAGAAAGCCUGCCCUAAAUCCGUGGGAGAUUAUUUCAGUGUUGCCUUUCGCUUUCCGCUGCCCAUUUUGCAGUUCACUUUCUCUUGCAGGCUCUGCAUUGAUUGUACAUUAGAAUAUAUCGAUGAUGCGUUUGAGAUAAGAUAUACGACGUAUAAAAUUAGUGCGGCUUGUAUUCUGAGCCGAGCGCCAGCACUGGCUUGGGGAGCUGUGCACAAAGCGCCGGCCGUCCCCCAUUCAGCGCGGUAGUGCCAGGAGGCGGGCCGCACCCACAAGUAAGCCUUGAAUUUUAAAGGUGCUGCUUAUUUGCGGAUGCGGCUUAUAGACGGGUCAAUACGGUAAUACAGUCAUACCUUGGGUUGAAGUAGAUUCGGGAUGAGUAUUUUCGGGUUGUGCUCUGCGGCAACCCGGAAGUAACGGAGCGUCUUACUUCCGGGUUUCGCCGCUCAUGCAUGCACAGACGGUCAAAAUGACAUCAUGCGCGGAAGCGGGUUGCGGUCACUUCAGAAUGCGAAUGGGACUCCGGAACGGAUCCUGUUCGCAUCCAGAGGUACCACUGUAUCUUUUUUGUAGUAUUAAACAACAUUCCGCAUGUAUUUUCCCUGUAAUCUUCACGAUAGCUCAUUAUCACCGCAUGCAGCAAUGAUUCCCAAUCUUUGCAUAAUUAGACAAAGUGGCCUAGACACCUGUUUCUGUACAGCAAUGAAGCUGGAAUAAACCCUGCAUGCAGAUUUAACAAUUAAAGGUACUAUUUUGUUACUUGGAGUGUAGUUUCCUUUAGGUUUAAAUUGCAGGCAGCAGGGAUAACACAGCUAAUAUUGCCUCCCAAUGCAGAGACUUCUCUCUUAAGUGACACACCUUGAACUCCCUUUUUUGACUGGCACCAAAGCACAGGGGAGUAAGCUCAUCUCACAGUUUUGGUUUUGCAACCCUUUUUUAUUCUGAAUUAAAUUUCAAAAAUAAAAAGUGUACCAUAGCUUUCAAAAAUUAAGGAAGCAGCAUUAGAUUAUGCUUCCUGAGUAGUCACCACUAUAAGAUAGUUGAGCAGGAGAGACAUGGGUGUGCCCUUAUUUUGCCUAAUCUGUUCUUUUCAGUAGCAAAUAAGCACCUGCUUUUGAUAGGCUGAUCCAGAAACCCUUUGCUUCCCUUUUCACGCAGAUGAUUGCUGUGCUGGUGGAUAAGAUGAUUCGCACACAGAUUGUGGAUUGUGCUGCAGUAGCAAACUGGAUUUUCUCUCCAGAGCUGGCUCAUGAUUUCACUAGGUAACUAGAUGUAAAUCUCCCUCUUCCACACCCCCCUUUUUUUAAUUGUUUGGGUUGUGAUUUGAAUGAUGCUGGCAGCAGAUCACCUUUUAACUUUCUCAAAAUACUCGCGUUGAGUAAACAGUCUUUCACUCAGCUUUUCAAAACUCGCACGGAGAAAUUACAGAUUUUUUUUGUAAUUCAACCAUUUCUGUUUAUGGCAGGGAGCAAAAUCCUGGUGCGUUGGGCCCAAUUCACAUACAUUAUGCUGCAACAAACCUGGAUUUGCCAGUGUGUGUGAAUGACAACAGGCCACAGCCAGUGACAGUUCUUUCUCAUGUACAUGUACAAUGCACUCCAGGUUGAAAACAGAAUUGUUACAUUCAUGCUUGAUACUUCAGGAGAUGUGGUUUACAGUACAGUCAAACCUCAUAUCCCAAACACCGAAAACCCGGAAGUAAAUGCUCCAGUUUUCAACCAUUUUUCGGAAGCUGGACGUCCAACACGGCUUCCGCUUGCGUGCAGGAAGCUCCUGAAACCAAUCGGAAGCCGCACCUCAGUUGUUGAACAUUUUGGAAGCCAAACGGGCUUCCGGAACAGAUAAUGUUCGACAACCAAGGUUUUACUGCAUGUCUAAGACAUCAUUUAUGAAAUGCCCCUUAAAAUGAAUUGUAGGGAAGAUCCAUUGAUGGUACAGGAUGUUUAUUCCUAAUCCACAGCCUUCUGUGUCUUGCAGUUAAUAGCCGCUUUACAAGCGAGCAUAUACGAUGUGUACAUUAGCAUUAUGUCUCAAACAAGCCAAAGUAUAUUGUAUGAACUAGAGCGUCUCUUUCUUUCUCUGCUAGGUUUUAUAUCUGGGAAAUCUUACACUCAACAAUCCGUAAAAUGAACAAGCAUGUGGUGAUGAUCCAAAAGGAGCUAGAGGAGGCCAAAGCGAGAUUAGCCAAACAGCACAAACGUGUAGGUAACCAUUUUCCAGGGCUGUGAAAAAAACAUUACUUGACGUAAAGAUGUGUAUAAACAGCAGUACUGUAACUCUUUUCCACCAAAAAUAAAAACGAAAGAAUUGCUAUACUGUGUAAAAGUCCAACACUCUGUUUUCAGCAGCAGCCAGCCAGAGGCUUCUGUAAACGUCAUUGUGUGUUUGUCUCCAUCAUCUGAUACAUUGCCUCUGAAAAAUGGGGGAUAGCCUGGCAAAUAGCCAUUGGUAGACCUAUCUUCCAUGGCUGUGCCCAUUCCUUUUUUUAAAAAGCCAUCGAGCAAAUAGCAAUCACCACAUCUUGAGGUAAUAUGUUGAUUAUGGGUGUUAUGUCUGGCAGACCAAAGGACCAAAUUAGGCUAUUACUUUCAUUGUGUAGCAAGCAGCUACAGCUGAGCUUUUUCUUUAUUUAAUCCCAGGCACAAUUGACUGAUUGUCAUCAGGAACACAUACAAGGAGGAGAGGUUUACCCCUUCCUAGCAGCGAUCCUUACUAAAAUUGCUGCACCCUAGUCUAGCUAUGAGGCUUACAUGAAAAGUUCCCAUUGAUGCCAGUGCAAGCUUUUGUUUUCGUUAAGACUCCUGCCUUGCACACGCUGUUCCCGAUGACAUUGGCCACCUCUGCAGCUGCAACAUUGGGCAGUAGCCAAACCACUCAUUCCAUCAGUGCAAGAUUUAUUUUUGCACAGUACACACAUACACCUCUGACACACUCUGUGUAUUCUCCCAAAUUUGCUCCAUGGGGCUGGGGGAAACCCCAGAACAGAAUUAGGGGGCUCAAGGGGAGAGGAAGUUCUGUUGCCCAGCCAAAAGUCCUUGCACUGAUAGAAAGUGUGCAGUGAAUACUGGCCUAAAUUAUGCUAGGAAUCUAAUAGGACAUGCAGAGAUCAGAAAUGCUUGCAGUGACUUGAGUUUCUCAUUGUAUUGUGUACCACUGUGACAACCCCCUUUCUUUCCCUGAGAACCCCAGAGCAGCUUAUAUUGGGAAUCCCAAGUGGUUUCCUGGGCUGGGUCAGCUUAUCUUUAAGAUGAACAAUAUUUCAUGGCUUCAGGCAACACAUGCAGCAGUACCUUUUUAUUUUGUUUUAUCUUACAUGUUGCAUUUAUUAUUUUAUUAAAUGCUAUAGGUGCAUGCUAAAAUCAUGACUGUAGCUCACUUCGAGCUGGAAGAGAGAAGCUUUCAGCGCUUUGGUGGGACAGGUCUCUAUAAACUAAAAAAGGAAUGAAACAGAAUGUGCCCUAGCUAACCUUUUGGUCUCGGAGCUCUUAUGAUCCCCCUGUUAAACGUUAACUAUUCCUCCCCAGCGAGACAGUGAUGACGAUGAUGAUGAUGACGAUCGAAGUAGUGACAGGGAAGAUGGACCCCUUGAAGAGCAGAUAGAACGCCUGCAAGAAAAAGUUGAAUCGGCUCAAAGUGAACAAAAAAACCUCUUCCUUGUAAUAUUCCAGGUAAAUGCAGAAAUAUUCAUUGGCUUUUAGAAAAUGAGUUACCCUAUUUUUCUGUGUAUAACAUGACCCCUAUUUUGGGGGACUGAAAUUUAUGAAAAUGGGGGAAGACGCCCCCCAUUAAAAAAAAUUAUUUUGGAGUAAAAAAACCUAGUCUUAUAGAUGGAAAAGUACGGUAAUAGAAGAAGGGCUGUUGAGUGUUGGGGAAGCUAUGAACCUCAGCUUUGCAAAACUUUAUAAUGCGUAUUAUAACCCUUUAAGUUAUCCAGUUUUACUGUGGGUGUUUUUGGUGUGAAAUUGCUUGAGAUAUUUUAUGGGAAGCGAUUCAUAAAUGGAACCAAAUAAAUGAAAUGAAAAGUUUCAAGUAGAGGAAGCAAUUCCAAGUAUUUGGGAACUUGGGGAGGAAUUCAUUGCAGUGCUAAGUUAAAGUCCCUGAACGGUACUGCUAGUUGUACUAGCACAGGGGUCAGCAAACCUUUUCAGCAGGGGGCCGGUCCACUGUCCCUUGACCUUGCGGACUAUAUUUUUGGGAAAAAAUAAAAAUGAACAAAUUCCUAUUCCCCACAAAUAACCCAGAGAUGCAUUUUAAAUAAAAGGGUACAUUCUACUCGUGUAAAAACACUCUGAUUCCUGGACUGUCUGCGGGCCGGAUUUAGAAGGCGAUUGGGCCGGAUCUGGCCCCCGGGCCUUAGUUUGCCUACCCAUGUGCAAGCAGAAUGGCUUGUGCUGGAUAAGCUCUGGAAGGCAGCAUGGUCUCAUAGCUGUGGUUAAGCAACAGAUUGCUGUAGCCCUGAUACUGUUUUACAACCAGCUUCAAGAAGUGAAACUAUUGUGCUGGCCUGUUCUCACGCUCGUUGAACCCGGGAAAAGAUCUCCGGAAAUUAGCAAUGAAUUCUGUGCUAAGUGGCGCUGUUCUGUCAUGAAAUUUCCAUUCUUUAAUUCAGAAAUACUAUUUCUCACAUGUCCUCAUUCUCUUGUCUUGUCUGUGGACGUUGACUUCCCUGUAUUUAAAAGAUGUUGCUAAUAUUGCCCUUUCCAGCGCUUCAUUAUGAUCCUCACGGAGCACUUAGUGCGAUGUGAAACCGGAGGCAUUGAUGUGAUUACACCUUGGUACAAGAACUGUAUAGAGAGGCUGCAGCAGAUCUUCUUACAGGUAGGUCUCAUUCCUUUCCGAAAUCACGAACGUGGUAACUAGAAAUUGCAUAGAAAUGUGGUUGCACAGAAAUGAUAAUUCUGCUUUCGCAAGUACUUGCUUGAGGUAAAUGUUCAGGAGGAAGCUAUAUUCGGCUGAUAGUCCAUAUAAAUGGGCUUUUUCAAAAUCGUUUAUACUAGAGGCCAAUAUAAACCUGAGGCAGGUUUCACUUAUUCUUUCUAUACAGAAGCACAUCUUGCUUGUCUUAAACUGACUGAUUGUUCCUGUCACUGUCGUUUAUGAUUAAGACCAGGGGUCAGCAAACUCUUUCAGCAGGGGGCCGGUCCACUGUCCCUCAGACCUUGGGGGGGGGGUGUGGACGGACUAUAUAUUGAAAAGGAAAAAAAAAUGAACAAAUUCCUAUGUCCCACAAAUAACCCAGAGAUGCAUUUUAAAUAAAAGGACACAUUCUACUCAUGUAAAAACACACUGAUUUCCCGGACCAUCUGUGGGCCAGAUUUAGAAGAUAAUUGGGCCAGAUCCAGCACCUGGGCCUUAGUUUGCCUACCCAUGAUUAAGACUGUCCAGCCCUUCAACCAUUUUUAUACUAUUCUUCUCCCUGUCUCUGGCUGCUCUUCUCAGGUUCUGUUUUUUUUAAAGUGGAAUGACCAGAAUUGCAGGCAACAUUCUCGGUGUAUUUUAUCCAUUCAUAAUAAGUUUCUGGUGUUCCUCAGCUGCCGAGUGAAUGUGGGGGGGACUGUGACUUCUCUCACUAUGUCCUGCCAAGUAAUGAGUAACUGAGACGGCUCUUUUCUGUCUGCAGCAUCACCAGAUCAUCCACCAGUACAUGGUGACGUUGGAAAACCUUCUCUUCACAGCAGAAUUGGAUCAUCAUAUAUUGGCUGUAUUUCAGCAGUUCUGUGCAUUGCAGGCCUGAGAGACUUCGUUUUUGUACAGGACUUAAUUGACUUCACCUUUUUAAAACAAAAAUGGGAAAAUUGAUGAGGGAAGAGGAGGAAAGAAGCUUUUAAUUGGAAAACAAGCUUGCCGUGCUGUCGUAGAUAAGCUACUCGGCACUCAAAACGGGGCAGUUCUUUUAGCAGUAGAGGCCUAACUCUGUUUUACGACUGCUAGGUGACUGGCUAGGUGACUGGGAUGGAAUAAUGUGUGGAUUUCUAAUUUUGAAAUGGUUUGAAUGCUGGCUUCAUCGUGGCAUUUGUUUUGUCCCCUUCUGUUGUUUGUAUAAAAAUAAAAAUAGGGAAUAAAUAGGAUUGGUUACCUUUGCUUGGCCCUUUCAUAAUAAUGAAUUCCCUCAUUAUAAUAAUGUGAAGCAAGCAUCAAGACUUGUGAAUCUGAAGAGCAGCUUCCCAAUGAGUAAGAUUAAACUCUCUGAGGGACAGGAGCAUAGGACACGUGAAAUGCUAAACAGGUCAAGCCUCCAGAGUAGCCUAGAGUAUAUGUUUGUUAUCAAAAUUAAUUUUCAUGGUUGUAUGAAACAUGGUUGAAAUACAAUCGGAAUAUGUUUUUUAAAUCUGCCUAUUGUACUUAUUUUGGGUUGCAACGAAUAGGUGAAACGUCUAUUUGGGUCGCAAACAUCCUGUAAGAAAUAACUACAAUACAUAACAAUU